AUGGCAAGGUGGACAUUGCAAGGAGACUCUGAUGUCUCCCUAGUUGGCUCGAGAGUUGUUUCCAGUUUGCAAUGCGAGACGUUGUCAAUAGUACAAAAUAAAACUCCCCUGCGUCUCUCCCGUGAAUGUCUGCUGUGCAUCUUUUGCGUAUACGCAUUCCUGACUGGGCCAUUUUACUUCAACUGGGCUCCAGUUUCCUACGUUUUUCUCGCGGCAGGUUUCUUCCGUGGUGCAUGCGACUCCGGUGAGCUAGAUUAUUCGAAACCAGCGGACGAGCCCAAAUGCCAAGACGAGGAAAUCGCAGUCCACGAAUUUUUCAUUAUUAGUAUGAUGUGUGACAUGUGCUUCUCGUUGCUCGCUGGCUUGUUGUUGGACUCUGUAGGGCCCAAGGUAACCGCUGUGAUAGGAUCUACAACGCUUGCGGUCUCGUGGUUUCUCAGCGGAGCAUCCAAGCACUUACAAAAAUCUGGUGCGGCAACCAUCGUUAUGAGCGCGAGCCUGUCCGCGGCCUUCCUACCCUGUCUUAGCAUUGCCAAUCUCUUCCCCAACGCACGCAACAGUGUGAUUGGCCUGCUAACGUUUUUUCGCUAUUUGUCUGGCACGGUACCACUUGUUUUGAAGACUGUUUUCUUUGAGUCCGACUCAGUGGAGGAUACUCGCUCUGUCGCCUAUACUUACGGGACGUUGUGCAUCGGUUCGUGUGUGUUCAUGGCAGCUUGCUUCUUCCCUUACCAGAAAUGGCAGCGUGUACGGGCCCUUGAAUAUCCCAGGGAUAUCGAGACUCCGGGUGCCGCAGAGGAUCUGCCGCCAUCUGGUAUCCCCACCGAGACACCAGAUGCCAGGAACAGUUCCGACACCGAAGUCACUACCAGACGUAGAGGAAGCAUCGUCAAAUGGUGUCACAAUAGUAUACGUAGAUGCUUAAGUGCACCAUCUCAUAGUGUAGACUCCCUCGACGCGGCCAACCUGAGAUGCGACAUCCUUCAAACUAUAGAGCGGGGAACCACAGAGGCCAGGCUGCUUUCCUGGAAUGACUGGAGGGCAUUUUUUCUCGAUGCAUCGUCCUCUGUAUUUAUUUUUCUGUGCUUGUUUGAGGCAUUGUUACUUAUUAGCGAAAGCUUCUUCAAAGCGGCCGGAAGGCGAAUCAUCCCUCAAGCAUACGAAACAAGUGAAGCGAUCAAUAUUUUGGCCGCUUUCCCAGUUCCUCUUAUAGGAUUCCUUGCGGACAAACGAGGAAUAAUCGCAUCUAUGUGCAUAGUUAACGUAUUUGUGUUGCUCGCAUUCAUUGUCUCCAUCAUUCCCCAAUUCCCCGCCAUUUCCGUAUGCCAAUAUCUUGCAUCUAUUACUAUGGCUGUAGCCGCUCCUUUUUUUGUUACCCAGAUCUACUGCUACAUUCUGCAAAGUUUCCAGGAAGCGCAUAUGGGAAAACUCAUCGGCUUGGCAUCGUUCAUUGCGGGGCUUCCAAUGGUUGCAGCAAUUUUCAUGGUGCGAGCUGGAUUCCAGAAGGGAUUCUUCGACAUGGUGAUUAUCUGCAUUUCGUUGCUUGGUGCGAGUUUGUUUCUUCUCGGUGUCAUAGUGAUUCUCCGCAUGCGAAGAGCAGCGAAGGUCCUCGCAAAACUGCGUCAGGAGAGAUCCUUGCAGGAGUUACCUCCAAUUUGA